UGGUACAAACACCAAACUAUCCCUUCUACUUCUACACUUCACAGUCCCAAUCUCAAAACCUUUUUUCUUAUUGAAGUGAACAUGAGGCUAAGUUUUAUCUUUGGAGCUCAAAUCUUUUUCCUUUUCUUUCUACUUUCUUCCUCAAUACUCUUUGCCAGAGAACUUACCAAUGAACAAGGACCAAACACAAAAAUUGAAGUCUCAGGAGAUAGCUUUGUUUUGGAUUUGGAAGGAGAUGAAUCUUUGAAGAUGUUAGGAAUGGAAAAGUGUAAUAUUGAAGAUGAAGAUUGUAUGCAGAGAAGAAUGACUUUAGAAGCUCACCUAGACUACAUCUAUACACAACAUCAUAAGCCUUGAAAUCAUAAAUAUUUUCAUGCUUCAAAGAGAGAAAUAUUAUCUUCUUAAUUUAGCUUUAGACAAUAUAAAGCUAGGAAAUUUGGUAUCCACUGUUUGACGUAAUGUAACUGCUAGAAAGCAUAUAAAGUUUAAACUAAGUUAGAACUUUUAUUAGCUAUAGAUAAGUAGUAUAUGUGAUAAUUAUAAUAAGUUUAUCAAACUCUACAAUAA